GCCUGCGCAGUUUCUCUUGCCCAUGUAGUUCACAGGUACGCGAUCACGCAUGAAGGAACCACGUUAUUCGUGAGUCGGGAAGCAGGGUAUCCUACUAAACAGAGGAUAUAAUAGUGAACUUUUUGACCGGAUUUUAUAUAAGAAACGAAAUCUACGUUUACCUAUUUAUCCACCCGGAAAAGUAUAUUCGUUGCUCACGGACAUGGCAAAGGCAUACAAACUGUAUGUCGGAAUAGCCACAGUUUUGGCCCUAUGCAAAUGCUCUCUGGCUGAAUGGAAUGCAACUGAGGAGCCGGCCAACAAGACUGUGUCCCGCCAUCACCAAGGCAACACAAACAACUUCACAGACUCGAUAGAAACUGCAACUCAAGCCAAAUGGAGCGGCCAUUUCACCAAAUGUCCAAAGGAGUUCAGGAAUUACUGUAUCCAUGGGUCGUGCCGCUUUGUGAAGGAACAUGACACUCCUUCAUGCAGAUGUGAAAAAGGGUACAUUGGGUCCAGGUGUGAGUAUGUUGAUUUGGCCUGGCGUAUAGGAGACCAGAGGCAGAUCAUCAUAGCCUGUGUGAUAGCAGCGUUGGUCUUCCUCAUACUGCUCAUCAUAUUCAUCUGCAUCUGUGCACAUCGACAUAAACUUUGCCGGCGGAAGAGGAGAAGAAAAGAGGAGACGAGGAAUGGAACAGAGAAGCUCAAUAUGAUUAGGAUGAACACAAAUGGAACGCAUGAAGCUUCAUCAGAUUCAGUCGAAACCUCAGACAUCAAUGCAAUAUGAUGCGCGACGGGGUCUAUAAAUGGUAUUCUCCUGCCGGACGGGAUGAUGGCCUUGGUUAUGAGUGAAUGUUGGAAAGAGAGGGUGCUUUAACGUCACUGAGGAGAUAUACAAGCCUGUACUCUCCAGCUGCUUUUCACUGCCGACCAUAGUCUACAAUAUGGACAGUAUGGACUCUGUUCUGUGCAGAAAUAUAGUACAAUACAAGAGAGACUGUUCUGGUCACCAUGAAUCCACAGAGAUGGAUCAACUAAAACAGUAUCUCCCUAUGCGUUCUGUAAAUGUGAUAAUGUGAUGAAGUUGCCCUUAUAGACUCAUUUAUGCAAACAAAAUGUGCAUGGUCAUCAAAUCACAACAAGUUAGAGUUAAACCUUUUUUUAAGUAUAUGUAUCAUGGACACUGAGCUCUGAAGGAGUAGGCCUUUUUAUGGACUGUAACCACCUCUUAUUUGGGCAUAGAUUUAAUGAUUAACAUGUAUUCAAGCUAAAAGUCCAGGUAUUCUUACUCGCGGAUGUGGCGUGUUAUAAUGAUGACUCAUGCCAUGUAUGUGAGACGGAUUAUACUAUGUCUAAUGCAGGUAAAUAAUCAAUAUAAUAAAUAGCUGGGUGCUUACAUUUGCUCUAUUUUACACAUGUAUAGUGUGUAUUAUACACAUGUGUAUUGGGAUUAGUUUUGUUUGUUGCAUAUCCCACUCCCCCUGAUUGUGGGGUCACAGCCAGGGAUCCACCAUUAUUGAUAGAAACCCUGGAGCAAU